AUGGAGGACACCACAAGCACUGCUGACACGAAAUUGGUCUUCACCGACUCGGAUGCCGUCGUUCCUCCCAAUGACAGCACGCCAAAUGCUGGUACCGACGCUUCACAGGCUGAUCUUCAGGCACAGCUGGCUCUCUUUCAGCAGCAACAACAGCAAUACAUUCAGCAGCUCCAACAAACAAAUAGUGAGCAACUUCGUGCCAUGUACAGUUCAAGUGCCAUGAUGCAGCCCUACAUGCUAUCUCAAUCAAUGUUCCCGCGUCCUACGACUCCCAACUCGGCCGAAGCCACGGAAGAAGAGCCAGUCUACGUGAACGCCAAGCAAUACCACCGUAUUAUGAUCCGUCGUCAACAGCGAGCAAAGCUGGAAGCCAAACUAGGAAACCCUCGUCAGCGCAAGGCGUAUCUCCAUGAUUCUCGUCAUAAGCACGCUAUGCGACGGCCUCGUGGACCUGGAGGUCGGUUCCUCACUAAGGAUGAGAUUCAAGGUUUAAAGGAUGGCACAAUGGUGUUUGCCGAUCUGCCAAGAAAAGCUGCUCCCAAGCAACAAUAG